UCCAAAAAGGAAAAAAAUAUGUAUCCCAUUCCUGAGAUAAAUGUGGGAAAAAUAACACCCGUCUGAAAAAUCAACAGCUUGUUAGAUUUCUGAGUUUGAUUUUAAACGUUCAAAUUUUAAUAUUCAUGCUGAUUUCCAAAUUCCAGAUGGCGUUCAUAGCUUCAAUAUUGUUCCUUGUGUACAGCACCAUUGCUGUCGAUGCUUUAUUGAAGGAAUGUCCAUCUUUAGAAUCAACAUCAUGCACCUGCAUCAUUAAUUGGGGUCCCUUAGUUACUUGCUCUAAAAUAACAGAUGUAAAAACAUUGAGGUCAACUCUUGAAGGGCUGAAAGGUUACUCUAUCGACCUAAAACUAUCCGAUAUUGAACUUUCUGAAUUAGCACCAGACACAUUUCAAGGAUUGCAUAUUGAUCAUCUUGCUUUGGACAAUAUCGAAGUUGCUUCGUCAGAUGUUAUACAAUUCCAAGGAUUAGAAAAGUCCUUGACGAUUCUUGAAAUUGACAACAGUUUUAAAAAGAAUCCACUUCCAGGCUUGAAGUUAGACAAUCUCGAAAAUUUAGAG